UGUUGUGAUUCUAUUCAGGUUUCAAAAAACCAGAAUGGGAGAAAGAGAAAACAGCCGGUGCCAUCUUCAGGCCCUACAAAUAGCUCAGGGACAGCAAACAUAGCUGGACCCUCCCCUAGUUCAGCACCUUCUACACCAUCAAUACACGCUCCUGGAGAUGUGAUUUCAAUGCCCACUCUUCCUCAUAGCGGGAGUUCUUCUAAGCCUAUGAUGAUGUUUGGCGCUGAUGGUGUCGGCACACUUGCAUCCCCUUCGAAUCAGUUGGCUGAAAUGGAUCGGUUUGUGGAGGAUGGGUCUCUUGAUGAUAACGUUGAGUCUUUUUUAUCCCAUGAUGAUACAGAUCCUAGGGAUGUUGUUGGCCGAUGUAUGGAUUUAACUAAAGGUUUCACAUUUAUGGAAGUAAAUUCCGUUCGAACAAGCAGUAGCAAAGUUACUUGCUGUCAUUUCUCAUCAGAUGGAAAGUUGCUUGCUACUGGUGGCCAUGAUAAAAAGGUUGUAUUAUGGUACACGGACACUUUAAAGCCAAAGUCUACUCUUGAAGAACAUUCAUGUUUGAUCACUGAUGUUCGUUUCAGUCCAAGCAUAUCACGCCUUGCAACAUCUUCAUUUGACAAAACUGUCAGAGUUUGGGAUAUUGACAGUCCUGGUUAUUCGCUUCGUACAUUUAUAAGACAUUCAGGCGAAGGCAUGUUCCUCUGCAAGCAUUGCUCGGCUGAAGAAUCUGAAUAGGAAGACCCUCGAUGUCCUAGCUGCGAUGUUGUACUUUUAUUAUUCUCUUUGCUAUGAACUCACGAGUAGCCUUGCUGAAAUUAGGAGGUAUGUGUUGAAGAAGAUCCGGCUGGCCAAGCAAACAGACAAGUUUAAGCGUACAGCUCACCAAGAGAUGGAAUUGAUUGCAAGACUAAAUAAUCUGUAUAUUGUUGACUACAAAGAUGCUUGGGUUGAUAUAAGAUGAAAGAGAUACAUUACUGUUUGGAUUUAUGGUUGAUAAGGUUUGGCAACACUGCCUAUUUGCACAUAUCUGUGGCUUUUAUCCAGAUGCUCAAAGCUCUAAGUAUGUGGAAACAAAGUACAUUAUUUGAUUACAUCCAACGAAAUUACCCUAUGUGAACUAGGACUAUAUUGUUGAAUUCAUAGGCUUUGGUUUCAAU